AUGCAUCAGAAGAAGUAUUUAAUAGAAGUCUUGAAGAAAUUCAAGAUGAUGGGAUGCAAGCCAAUAGAAACUCCUGCUGAAUUCAAUGUGAAACUGAUAAAAUAUGAAGAUGAAGGGCAUGUCGGUGGCAUAUUGUUCAGGCAUAUGGUUGGUAGUCUGAGGUAUAUAUGUCAUAGCAGGCAUGAGAUAACUUUCAGUGUAGGUUUGGUUAGAAGAUUUAUGAUUGAUCCUAGACAUUCACACAUGACUGCAGCCAAGAGAAUCAUGAGGUACUUAAGAGGAACCUUAAACCAUGGCAUUCUAUUUUCCUGUUAUAGUGUAGAGAACAAUAGUUUAGAUCUUGUAGCCUACUCUGAUUCUGAUUGGUGUGGAGAUAUGGUAGAUUGA